AUGUCUCUGGAAGAUUUUUUCAAUAAGAAAAGUAAGAAGAAGACCAAGAAGACAAUCAAUGCACAGGAGCUUUUUGAGCAAAUUACUGAUGGGCCUCUUCGACAAAAGUCUGACCUGGAGAAAAAUGCGGAUGAGAUGGUCGUUGCAAACUCUGAGGACGUUGGUGAAUGGGAGCCCAUUGUCAACGAUGAUAUUGAGCUAGAUUUUUCAAACAUCCGUAUCAAUGACUUGGCGACGGUAAAAGUGGAGGAGGAGCAAGCUGCCGCGAACAAUGUUAACCCUACUAGCAAAUCGGAUGAUUCUAAGGUCGUUUGGGGAGGGAAGUUUAGAAAAGAGGAACCUGAAAAAGUUGAAGAAAAGGCAACAAAAUCUGGUGUAUAUGUGCCUCUUCCUCUACGGUCUGGUGGAUCAAGUGCACAUGCCCUACCUAAUUUGGAGAGUGUGGAGGAGUUUCCAACUCUCGACGCCGCAGCUCAGGAAAAAUCAAAAAAGAAUAUUUUGAUUGAGGUUCCUGACAAUUCAUGGGUUGAAGUGAGCAGGAGUACCGUGUCUCGUCGUAGAGAUGGCCCCACAUUUUUUGGUACUUUCAAUGCUUCUUCGAACUCUUAUCGAGAUAAUACGCCGUCAAAUAAGUAUUCAUCAUCUGGAUUCCGUGAUAAUUACUCAUCUCGUGUUGGCGGUUCGCUAUCGCCGGGUGUUUGGGCUCGUGGUGAGGCUCUUAAGAAUAGGCCAGCUAAUUCUGCUGAUCCCUCAAUUUCGUCAAAAUCGAGUUCAUGGGAACGCAAAAAUACGUCUAAGUAA